AUGAAAAGGUUAAAACAGUACAAACCUCUGUUAGAGGAGAAUUUCUCCUCGAUCGGAAUUAGUGGAAACUACGGUCUCUUUAUGAGAGAGAGCUUCGAUCAGUUCCGUCUGUUUUGUUCAGGCCGAAAGAAUUGUCGAGGCAUGUUGUUUGACUUCAAAGUGAAUCUGUUGCAUCUCGCUAACUCACAGUUGAAGAAGCGUCAGGACCUCUUUUCGCUGCUUCUCGAUUUUAUCACCCCAGUCGAUGACAUCCUUACAAUCGAUAUUCCUCUCGAUCCCGCCACCUUCCACCCCUUCGUCUUCGCGCUCUGCCGCAAGAGAGACUCCAAAUCCGUCCACUCCGACAAUCCCGACCUCAAAUCCCUCGCACGCCCCCUCGCCCUCCAAUACACUCCCGAACUCUCCAAAGUCAGCGGCCAGUGGCUCGUCCUCGCCGACAACACCGAGAUCCCCGCGAUUCUCCUCUCUCCCGCGGUUCUGAGCGUUCUGCGCGUGUCAAACAGCCUGCUUCGCCUGAUCCACGUGAGCGAUCACAUGCCGCCCCCCAGCGACAACCGCGCGCAUCUCAGCGACUGUUCGAUUCGAAUUCGCGCGAAACUCCCCGCCGUGGACCGCAUGGAGGUGCUGGAGGACGUGAUGAAGAUGGCGUUCGCGCUGGUGGAUUCGGUGGCGGCGUUGAAACCGCGAUGA